CUCUCUUGCAUUUUUGCUCUUAGAUGCGUCAAUAUUUAUUUUGAUAAUAUUAUAUUUUGAACCGUCUUCAAAUUAGGCAGAAGGUUCUCUUAUGACAUGUACUGUAUAUUCCAACGAUCUGGCAACGUUGCUCGAGCGACAUAGGCGUAUCGCUGGAAUAUACUUUUACAGUGCCGGCGCUAGCAAAUGAAGCGCCAGGGUGCGGGAACCGGAGUGGCGCCCCCCCAAGCAUUUUGGGCGGAAUGCGAAAUUAUACAUAACGUGGGCAAAAGACUAAAUGCUGCUUCUAAAAAACCAACUACUGCUUUCUAAAGACUAAAAUUGCUUUGGUUAUAACUGAGCAAAUUCUAGUUAUGGCUUAUGUCCUUAUGGUUCAUUAUAAACAAUUUAUAUCUAAAAGAUUUUCCUGCAUCACCUUUAGUUUGUCAGUUAUCACCUACUUUAUCAACGAAAGUAUUCAAUUUUGUCAUUUUGACGAUUUUCACUUCCUAACUAGAAUAUGGUUACAACUGAGCAAAUUCUAGUUAUGGAUAAUGUCUUUAUGGUUCAUUCUAAACAAUUUAUGUCUAAAAGAUUUUCCUGCAUCACCUUUAGUUUGUCAGUUAUCACCUACUUUAGCACCCUCUCAAAUACUUUACUUAUUAAAUCAAAAAAUCAUAAAAACCAACCAAAUUUAACAACCGACGUUUACAAAACAACCCCUAAAAUGUCUUCUUACCUCGUUGCUUUUAUAAUAUCAAAAUUUAAAAGCUACACCGAUUUGAAUCGUAUAACCGAUAAAAAAUGUGAUAUUUUCGGUACAAAAUCGAUGUUAAAAAUAGCCAAGCACGCUUAUGAUUGCGGCCAAAAAGCGAUUGAUAGAUUAUCGAAGUACACUUCGAUUAAUUAUUACGAAGCGGGGAUUCCCAAAAUGGAUUUGGUUGCGAUACCGGAUUUUAAUGCAGGGGCGAUGGAAAAUUGGGGUUUGGUUACGUUUAGAGAGACGGAUUUGUUGUAUGAUGAAGAGGAAUCUCCUGCUGCUUACGAAGCGGAAGUUGCGGUUGUGGUAACUCACGAGUUGGUCCAUCAGUGGUUUGGGAAUAUGGUGACGAUGGAAUGGUGGUCCUCUACGUGGUUGAAUGAGGGAUUUGCGGAGUAUUUUAGCCAUUAUGUUACUGAUAUGAUUGAGAAAAAAUGGGACUCUAUGAACCAAUUCAUCAUAACAGAUAUGCACCGAAUCCUCAAAACUGAGGCUUUAUCCGGCUCGUUCGCUUUAACAUCGAAUGUGUCAUCCCCAGAUGAGAUUAACGACAAAUUUAACACGAUUACUUACGCAGCUGGGGCCUCAAUAGUGCGAAUGAUGCAUUUCAUCCUAGGGGAUAAACCUUUUUUGUUGGGAAUUCGAGAAUAUUUAAAAACGCAUAUAUAUAAUAACACAAAUCCUUCCGAUCUUUGGGAGGCUCUCUCAAAACAAAUUAGCCAAGAUCGUUUACCCAAAAGCAUCGAUUUUGGCACUGUUAUGAGCUCUUGGACUGAACAACCGGGUAUUCCAGUCGUUUUUGCUAAAUUAAUGGGGAAAGAAAUCGUGCUAACUCAGAAAAGAUUUUUAAUAAAUGAGACCUCAAAUGAUUCCAACUCAACGUGGUUCAUCCCAAUAACUUUUACAACUUCUUCAUUAAUUAAUUUCACCGAUACCAGCAUAGAAUGGUUAAUUAAAAACGAUUCUUUAACGAUUAACCCAAAUUUAAGAGGCCCCUCCGAUUGGAUUAUCUUCAAUUUGAAACAAUUCGGAUUUUACCGAGUUCUUUACGACGAAAAUCUCCAAUCACGGUUAAUCAAUCAAUUAAAAUCGGAGGGUUUUGUCGAUAUCGAUGUUAUGAAUCGGGCCCAAAUAGUUGAUGACUUAUUUAAUUUCGCCCAAACGAAAUUAAUCAAAUACGGCCAAGUGCUAGAUAUGACCAUGUAUUUGACGAGGGAAUCCGAUUAUUACCCUUGGUACGCUGCGAUAACGGGAUUUAACUAUUUAAUCCGCCAAAGCGGAUCGAAUAAGUUGCUAAUUAAGCAUAUUAAGUACGUGUCGAAAAAUUUUUAUGAAUCGGUCUCAUUUAACAUGGGAAAAAAUAUUUCUUACGUGGAUAUUUUAAGAACAGAGUUGGCUUUGAGUUUUGCGUGCAGCUUGGAUCACGAGGAUUGCAUCAAGAAGUCAAUUGAGCUAUUUGAAGGCUACAAGAAAGGAAAAUCCAUAAACCCCAACUUACGAUCCAUAGUGUAUUGCAGCGCCUUAAGGAAAUCCCACACCACCGAAAAUUGGAACUUUUUAUGGAACAAAUACUUAAACGCAACUUUACCAACAGAAAGAGAAAUAAUGCUAAACAGCUUAGCUUGCACCAGAGAAAGAAACACUUUAACACAAUACUUAACAAAAACGAUUACCACAAAUUCAGGAAUUCGCAAGCAAGAUUCUUCCUUCGUAUUUAAAGCCAUUUUGACUGGUCCAAUCGGAUUUGAAGUGGGUUAUAAAUUCUUUAAAGAUAAUUUUGCUGCAAUAAUCAAAUAUUACGAUGAUAUGAGUGUUAUUACUGGUUUAAUUACAACAAUUUCUGGACGUAUAACGACAGUUGAUGCAUUAAACGAUUUUGAGAAAUUUCUGGAUGAUCAUAAGAGAGAAUUAAAAGAGGGUGCUAGCCAUGUCAAAAAUGCUUUGGAAACGAUUAGAUCGAAUCUGAAGUGGCCUAAAGAAGAUGUUUUGAGUUGGUUAAAUACCCAGUAUGGUUCAUCUUCGGUUGUUAAAGUUAAUGUACUUGUGGUUAUUUUAGGAUUAGGGUUAGUUUGGAUUAAUUGUUAUUGAGUUAGAGAUAAUUGAGGUAAUUAUGGGUUAUUAUAUUAUGUUGGUUAUAUAAACAAAUAUAUUUAAUUAGUUGAUGAAGUUAAUAAAAAUCAUAUUUUCUAUA